CAGCGGGCAAAGGAGAUGUGGGUGCUGGUGCGGCGCUGCUGGGGGCCCCUGCCAGCGGGUGGCGGCGCGGGCCGGAGACCAAGUCCCGGGUGGCGAGCGCUGGCCUGGUUCGGCGGGUCUCCUGGUGGGGAGGACGGCCGGGGCCCCCGAGUCCGCGAAAAGCCGCCGUGGCGGGUGCUCUUCUUUGGCACAGACCUUUUCGCCCGCGAGACGCUGCGGGCUCUGCACGCCGCCAGCGAAAACAAAGAGGAAGAGUUAAUUGAAAAAUUGGAAGUGGUCACAGUGCCCUCCCCAUCACCAAAAGGACUGCCAGUGAAGCAAUAUGCUGUCCAGUCUCAGCUUCCAGUGUAUGAGUGGCCAGAUGUGGGAUCUGGAGAAUAUGAUGUUGGAGUGGUCGCUUCGUUUGGCCGACUUAUGAGUGAGGCUCUUAUUCUUAAAUUUCCCUAUGGCAUAUUGAAUGUCCAUCCCAGUUGCCUCCCAAGGUGGCGUGGUCCAGCUCCUAUCAUCCAUACAGUGCUUCACGGAGACACAGUUACUGGUGUAACGGUUAUGCAGAUCAGACCUAAAAGAUUUGAUGUAGGUCCAAUUGUCAAACAGGAAACCAUUCCUGUGCCACCCAAAAGCACUGCAAAGGAAUUGGAAGCAGUGCUGUCAAGACUGGGUGCCAACAUGCUUAUUUCAGUUUUGAAAAAAUUACCUGAAAGUUUGAACAAUGGAAGGCAGCAGCCAACUGAGGGGGUGACACAUGCCCCUAAGGUUUCUGUUGGUACCAGCUGUAUAAAAUGGGAGGAACAAACUUCAGAGGAAAUAUUCAGACUUUAUCGUGCCAUUGGAGAUAUAAUUCCGUUGCAGACACUCUGGAUGAAUAAUACCAUUAAACUUCUGGAUUUGGUUGAAGUUAAUAGUUCAGUCCUCGCAGAUCCAAAAUUAACAGGACAGGCUGUUAUUCCAGGAUCCAUAACAUACCACAAACAGUCGCAAAUACUGCUGGUUUGUUGCAAGGAUGGCUGGAUUGGUGUACGAUCAGUGAUGCUCAAGAAAACACUAACAGCUACUGAUUUCUACAAUGGAUAUUUGCACUCCUGGCACCAGAAAAAUGCCCAAGCUCAUCCAAGCCAAUGCAGAUUUCAGACUCUCAGACUUCCAGCAAAGAAGAAGCAGAAAAAAGAAUUUGUUGCUAUGCAACAGUGCAUUAAGUAGUUAGGAAGAAGAUGGACAAGACCUAUUACAUAUUUGUAAUUUAUUAAAAGCCUUAUUUACAAGGAAUUACCUUGACUUUCAAAAAGAUGACACUGUUGGAGGAAGAGAAGAUUAUUGGGAAAAAGAUGAAUUACCUCACUUCCCACUUUUUAUUUAACAGUAGUUAAAAACAACUUUUCUACUUGAAUAACAAAAGAAGCUUUAAAUAAAAAUUUAAUUUAUAAUAUCGAACUCAAGGAGAUUAUAUCUUAAGAGCUAGUGCAACUAACUGGUAUGCAUAUGCAUACGGAAAAGAUGUUCUUUAAAAAGUGUAUCUAUCGAAUGUUUAAAAUCUAUGUCCCCAUUGACUAUGUUAUGAUUUAGGAGUAUUUAAUCUGUAUUUCUGAUUUUCAGUAAGUAGUUAAGUCAGCUCUUUAAAUUUUUCCACCAUCUAGCUCCCAUCAAGUAGAAAAGAUAAAUAAUAAUCUCUGUCACAUUGAUCUAAGGAAGUACCCACUCAGAUACUGCCACAGGAGUGGGGAAUCUUACAGCUCUCUGCUUAUUGGUCCUGAUCUCUUACUACCUAGUGGUUAAUGGUCUCGGUCUGCCACUCCGAUUUUAGUCUAGGGGACAAGAUUUCAUUGUAGAGAUGAUGAAACAAGGGUCUGGCAACAGCUAGCUAGUGACAACACUAAGAUUAGAACUUGAAGACAACCGUAGAUUUUUUUUUAAAAGGAUUUUAGUCUAGGGUGGAGCCUACUGGUUAUUUAGCCAAUUACCAUUGCCCUUACCAGGCAGAAUCUCAUAUGUCAGACCACUCUAGUCCUUGGUCAAACUGUGCGUGAAGGCCCACCCCAGUCCAAUGAGUUCACCUGCAUAGAAAAUAGCCUAAUGCUGACUAGUGGAUGAGGGCUGCGGGUGAGGAAGUGUGCUAAAAAGGGAAGUUGGUCAUCAUGAUUGGUAUGCUUAAGACUAUAUGAAAUACCUUUUGUACAUAUGAAAUCUUGAGGCAAGAGUACAAGACCCAUCCCACAGGGAGCAAUUUCCCAUUCAAGGAGCCUUGAGCCCAUCCUGGGACUGGAGGAUAAAUACCAGGUUUAGAAAUUCCAUCUUCCAGUUGGCGGCCCAUUCUUUGAAUAAGUAAAUAAGUGCACAUCUCAGGCCUCAGGAAACUAUGUGACUCAUUCUGUUUAGGCCCCUAUAGAAACCACAGUCCAGUGUGACUGAGCAGGGCUUCUCAUCUGGAUGAGAAUCACCUGUAGUACUUACUAAAAAUGUAGAUUCCUGGGCUCUACUCCAGACCUAGACUCAGAAUCUCUGGAUAUGGGACUCUGCAUUUUAUCUUACUCAACAAAUAAUUUUUAUGCUAGAGUAGUAACAUCUUAACUAGUUUAAGAGGUACACGUGGAUCUGAGCCAUAUAUUGGCCCCUAGGUCCAGAGUCCUUUCAGGGAAGAUAGACCACAAUCUAUUCUGUUCUCUGGCUAAAAGGAUGGAUUUGCAAACACAUUCUCUCUAUUGCAAGAUGCUUCUAUUUUAGUUCUUGUCACUGCUGAAAAACAUUAGACCCCAAACAGAAUUUACUCAUUACUAGUUGGGUGACCCAGGACAAGUUGUUUAAAUUUUUUAAACUCUGAUUUCCCAAUUUAAGAACAUGGGUAAUUAUCUUGAAGAAUAGAAAUACAUAUGAAUAUGCCCAGGGAGGUGCCUGGCACAUAGUAGACACUCAAUAAAUGAUAGCUAGUAUUGCCACCACUAUCUAAAACUGCCAUAAUGCCUUCUUUGUGUCUGCAACAGUAUUUCUCCUCUGGAUGGCAGUAACAGCUUGUGGAGAUAGAUGCCUUUAAACCAACUGGAGGAAAAGAAUUUUAGAGUGGGAAAUGACCUAUGAUUUCAUAACUCAAAAUUUCAUUGUAGAGAUGAUGAAACAAGGGUCUGGCAACAGCUAGCUAGUGACAACACUAAGAUUAGAACCUGAAGACAACCGUAGAUUUUGUUUAAAAGGAUUUUAGUCUAGGGGACAAAAAUGUUUCUGAGCAUAAAAAGGUGCUCUUGAGAAUGGCUGCCAAAAAGAUGUUUAUUGUUUUUAUACUUUGUACUUAAGGCUGUAUAUACUUUGUAUAUGCAGGCUAUUUUUAUCAUUUUUUUCUUUAUAUUCAUCAAAUAAUUUCAAGGCAAAAAUAUACUAUUUCUAGAGGCAGAGUCUUAGAUUUAACGAACAUGGUAUGAGCCCCAGCCCUGUCACUGACCAUAAUAAGCCUAGGCUGGUUACUCACUCUCUCUGAAUCUGUUUCCUUGUCUAUGAAGUUAAAAUUGUACCUACUUUGCAAAGGUUGUCAUGAGGAAUAAAAAUAAUACAGGUAACGAAUCCAGCA